AUGGAGUACUAUCCUUGUUCCAACAACCGAGCUAUCCAAGGUAGCUACUCGGUCUUACCGGGCAUCCUAUUAUUUUCCGCUGGAGUCAUAGGGAAUGUCCUUGCCAUUGUAAUCCUAUGGCAACACAAGCUACGGGGAAAUAAGAAAACCACUGUUUUUUACAUUUUGGUCACUGGAUUGACUAUAACCAACCUGAUGGGAAAAUGCUUGGUCAGCCCAAUGGUUCUUGCUGCCUACUCCAAAAAUCAGACUUUGGUGGAGAUGGUUGGAAACAGAAACCUUUGUGACGUUUUCAGCUUCCUCAUGAUAUUCUUUGGCUUGGCACCAAUGCUCAUUCUUUUUGCAAUGGGUCUAGACUGUUGGAUUGCCCUUGCUCACCCGUUCUUCUACCACAACUACAUCACCAAACGGGUUGGUCUGUUGGUUCCCCUCAUUGUCUACAUCUUCAGUGCCGGGUUCUGCUCCUUGCCUUUUGUGGGCUUUGGCAAAUUUGAGCAGUAUUGUCCUGGAACUUGGUGCUUCAUUCAGAUGUCUGUGGAGGGCUCAAAGCCCGAGGUCCUGGCUUAUUCCGUGCUCUAUGGGACCAUUAUGGGAAUAUUCAUUUUCGCCAUCAUCGUCUGUAAUGUGGCUAUAAUGAGACGCCUUUACCAAAUGUACCAGAUUCAAAGCCAAAGGAAUGUCAAAUCUGGAGUGAAAGGGGAACUUGUUAAGCAAGCAGGGAUGGAAGAGAUGGAUCAUCUUAUCCUCUUGGCAGUCAUGACCGUUCUCUUUACUGUGUGCUCACUUCCUUUAACUGUAUGUAUUGCCAAAAUAAUUGGGUUACUUAAGGUGUGCUACUGUUUAAUCACAAGAAGUGGUAUAAAUCAGCUCUUUACUCCGUAA